AUCCUAUCCUUUCUUCUCCACUUCCUUUUCUCCUUCCCUCCCUCCCUCCCUCUCAACAUGGAAGCCAUCUCCUUCUCGGCCAUUUCUUCCCGCCAGCUCUCUCCGUCCGCGCCCUCCCUCCCUCCCCGCGUCGCCCUCUGUACGUCCAGGACCGCGGGAAGGCGGAGGCUUUCCGCCAACUGCGCUUCUUCGUGGACCGGCUCGACCCUGUCCCUGGGAUCUUCGCCCAGGAAUCCCUUCACUAGGGAGGUGUGGGGUUGGGUUAAUUUCAACUCUCGAAAUGUAAGCAGAGAAAGCAGUUUCAUAGUGAGGGCUGAGAUGUUUGGACAGUUGACGAGUGGCCUCGAAUCGGCAUGGAACAAACUCCGGGGAGUAGAUGUUCUGACAAAGGAGAAUAUUGCUGAACCAAUGCGAGAUAUUAGGAGGGCCCUUUUGGAAGCAGAUGUAAGUUUGCCGGUUGUGAGAAGGUUUGUGCAGUCUGUUAGCGAACAAGCUGUUGGUGUUGGCUUAAUUCGAGGGGUGCGACCAGAUCAACAAUUAGUGAAGAUUGUACAUGAUGAGCUUGUGACACUGAUGGGUGGUGAAGUUUCUGAUUUGGCAUUUGCAAAGUCUGGUCCCACAGUGAUAUUACUAGCAGGCCUACAAGGUGUUGGGAAGACUACUGUUUGUGCAAAGCUUGCCUUCUACCUUAAGAAACUGGGGAAAAGUUGCCUUCUGGUUGCUGCAGAUGUGUACAGGCCUGCAGCUAUUGACCAACUUGUAAUUUUGGGUGAGCAGGUGGGGGUACCUGUUUAUACCGAAGGUACUGAUAUAAAGCCUUCACAAAUAGCUAAGCAUGGACUCGAGGAGGCUAAAAAGAAGACCAUUGAUGUGGUUAUAGUGGAUACCGCUGGAAGAUUGCAGAUAGAUAAAACAAUGAUGGAUGAAUUAAAGGAAGUAAAGCAGGCAGUGAAUCCUACAGAAGUUUUGCUUGUAGUGGAUGCCAUGACGGGCCAAGAAGCUGCAGCCUUGGUCACAACAUUCAAUAUUGAGAUUGGUAUUACUGGUGCUAUACUGACAAAGUUGGAUGGUGACUCUAGAGGUGGAGCGGCUUUGAGUGUUAAAGAGGUUUCAGGAAAGCCAAUCAAGCUUGUAGGUCGAGGGGAACGCUUGGAAGACCUUGAGCCUUUCUAUCCUGACCGCAUGGCAGGACGCAUAUUAGGAAUGGGAGAUGUUCUUUCAUUUGUAGAGAAGGCACAGGAAGUUAUGCGACAAGAAGAUGCUGAGGAAUUACAGAAGAAAAUAAUGAGUGCAAAAUUUGACUUCAAUGACUUUCUUAAGCAAACACGUGCUGUUGCACAAAUGGGAUCUAUGAGCCGUGUAAUUGGAAUGAUCCCAGGCAUGGGAAAGGUGACUCCAGCUCAAAUUCGUGAAGCAGAAAAGAGCUUAAAAAUUAUGGAAUCAAUGAUUAAUGUGAUGAUCCCCGAGGAACGGGAAAAGCCAGAACUGUUAGCUGAAUCAGCUACUAGGAGGAAGAGAAUUGCUACGGAGUCUGGAAAAACAGAACAACAGGUCAGCCAACUUGUCGCUCAGCUUUUCCAGAUGCGCAUCCGAAUGAAGAAUUUAAUGGGCGUCAUGGAAGGAGGGUCCGUCCCUGCCUUGAGCAAUCUUGAGGAAUCACUCAAAGCUGAACAAAAGGCACCUCCUGGUACUGCAAGGAGAAAGAGAAGAUCAGAGUCACGGAGGCAGUUUGCAGAUUCAGCAUCAUCAAGGCCGAGUCCGCGUGGUUUUGGAUCCAAAACUUGAAGACUGUCAAGUUGAAAAAUGUGCGGCCAUAAAACAUGCCGUUUUUAUUCUUGCAGGCUAGAUUGUAUUUGACAUCAGAAAAAAAAAGCGGGGGGAUUUUCCUGCUGUAUCAGUAAAUCUGUUUGAGGAUGUGCCUUGAGUUUGAGUCCUUGAUACAAAAUGAUUCAACAGCCUAGAAUGUAAUUUUUUCUUUUUAAAAAAAGGGAAAAAAUUCUCCUCCACCA